GAAGCACUCCUUCAGUUACCUAAUGUUUCAUUCACAUCGCAUGCAGGAUGGGGAGCCAUCCCUGCAGAUAUGGCUACCAAUACCUAUGAGUCCCUGAAAAUUUCCUUUGCCUGUGAGUUCAAUCUCUCCAACUGUUGGAUAUGUGCCCAGACUCCCCACCAUUCAGCGGGAUUGCCCUGGAGAGUAGUUUCCCAAAAUUGGUCAGACUAUUGUCAAAGGUGGAUGGUUACAGCAGUAGCACCUCUGACAAUUUGAGUUUGCGAUCUAACUGUACUGCGGAAGCUCCUUAUGGCCUACACAAUGGCUCUUGGAAUUCCCACUAUAGUAGCACUCGGAAACCCCAGCCUAUUCGUCUAUGCUCUCCACCCACUGGUCUCAUAUGUUUUCAGCAAGCCAGUACAAGUAAUCAUACCUGGCUUGCUGGCAUUAGUACAUGUAGAUUUUAUAUUGGUCAUGGUAUAAGUCUCACUGUUCCUUUACUAAAUGCCACCGGUUGGCAAACCAGCACUGCAUUCUUUGCCCUUUCCCCACAAGCCACCCUACGGAACUUACAAGGUAACAAUGGAAAGGCUAGUUAUGGUAAAGCAUUCUGGGUUUGUGGUAAUAGUGCCUAUAAAUGGCUCCCUCAUGGUUGGCAUGGUAGCUGUUACAAAGGCUAUCUUGCUCCUCCCCUCCGUGUUCUCACCAAGGUUCCCUCAGGUCACCCUUGGUACUAUCGGUCCCUGAGAGCUACCAUUGAACCCAUUGGUAAAGGAGACAGGUUUGGGAUGAUAUCCCUCCCUUCCUAUGGGGUGGGAUGGCUAACCCAACUCUACAGAAGACUGUCUAAAUUUCUCACUCAGUUUGCCAAGGAUACCCUGGCCAUAGAGAAACGGAUAAGUGCUAAGCUGUACCAGCUUCGACUGCUGGCUUUGCAGAACCGCCAGGCCCUAGAUUAUGUGUUAGCUGCACGGGGUGGAGUAUGUGCCCUUAUUGGAGAAGAAUGUUGUACCUAUGUCCCGGAGUUUUCACAGAAUAUUAACAAGCAUAUCUUGUCAGCCGAACAGGCCUUGAACCAGUGGAAGGCCCAGGAAGGGGAACCCACUAUUUUGGAUUCCCUUUGGGGUUGGAUACCUGAUUUAGGGGAACUAGGGGGACUAGGGGGAAGCAUUGUUCGCAUCUUGCUCACAGGUGUGGUGAGAUGUUUUGUCCUUUUCCUUUUGCUCGUUUGCUGUAAAGUGCUCAUAUGUAAGAUUUGUACAUCCCAUUCCCCAAAAGUUCCCUUAUACCCUCUCAUUGAUAAUCCUGAUUGCAUGGAGCUUAAUCGCAUUUUGUCUUUAGAGUAUGAGAAAACUCUGACAAAGGUUUGUUGAGUGUUCUCAAAGGAGGGAUUGUUGGUGUCACUAGGCAUA